AUGUUUAUUAGAAACAACCUAAAAUAUUCAUUCUCUACUCUAAGAUCUUACUGAAAGCUAUGUUGGCAAAGGAAAUAAUGAGAGAAAUAACAAGAUCAAAUAUUCAUUGAAGAUCCUUGAUGAGGAACAUAAAAAUAAGAAAAGAAUUCCAACAGGCUUACAGUUUCAAGAAUACAAUGUCCUUCAGCUUAUUAAGAUUAAUGAAUGUAAAGAUGAGAUUAGAAGUCUUAUUAAACCUCUGAAAAGAUCAAAGAAGCUGGUCUUAAGCAAGCAUUCCAUUUUUAGAAGUUAUGUCUAUGAAAAAUUAGUAAUUGCUAAAGAAAAGGAAUCAAAAGUUAAAAGAGAUCAUAAGCAUAAUAUCAGGCUCAGACUACUUGAUGAUAUACCGUUUUAUCAUCUUCUAUGACGCGAGUUUAAAAUGAAAAAUAAAAAUAAAUCCAGGCAUACGAGAUUUAAAUCAAAAAAACAUAGCUCAAUGAAAAAUUCCCAAGAGAGAAAAUUAUCGAGUACUACUGAGCUUCAAUCAUUAAUGAAUGAUCUGAGGAAGGCAAACAGAAUAAAAUAAACUUAAUAAAGAAAAUAGAGACAUAAAAAUAGCUCCAAAGGUCGAUGUGGUACUUGAAUCAGUCAAAGAGUAUCAGAAGAGUCAGGAUGAAGAGAUAAAGAGUAAAUUAAAGAAAAGUACAGCAAUGAACAAGUUUAUCUCUGCUAAAUAAUAUGCAAAAUGAUCCUCAGAGUCUUAUAGCUGGUAGCUCGAAGGAUAUUAUCAACAUUACUUUGGAAAAUUCUCCUAAAAGUAAAAGAAAUAUUAUAGAAAGCACCAAAAAUAUCAAAAUUAUGCCAAUUCCUAUGUCUAGGAAACCAAAGAAAUCUUUUGUUAAGGUUGAAAGCUUUAGUGUUGCCUCUAUCGUAGACUUACUGGACUCAGAUGACGGAAGUUUAGCAAAGAACAAAUAAAUUAAAUGAUAUUAUUAGCUCUGACAAGAAGCAAAGUGAUUCGGAGGUUAUAAUGAACCAACCUUGUGAAGAAGAUGAAUCUCAGAAGAGAUUGGCAAUGUCAGAAAAUAGACAAUCCUUAUCUUCAUCAAAGAACACUGGUGAAAGAAGUGAUUCAAUGAAGAAACAGGCCAAUAAAUCAAAGUUUUGUCAUGGAAAAACAAGAUUUUAGCAAAGAUUUUUCUAGCCAAGAGAGUGACUUGAAUAUGGAAAAGAAGCAACUAGUACUACCUAAGAUGAAUAAAUGGAGAAAUGCUUUAGUUAACAAAGCAUUAAAUCAGACAAUGCAGAUAAAAAGGAGAAGAAUUACUAGGAGUAUUGAUAUCGAAGAAUCUAAGCAACUUAACUCUUACAAAAAGAGGACAUCGAAAAAGAGAAAGAAACUAAACAUGAGAAAUAGAAGCAUUGACGAUUCUUUUAUUAGAUUGGUAAAAACAAGGAAAAGAAGAAUAUUCACUCAGAUCGAUUUUAGUAAAAUUCUGGCUUGUUCUGAUCCUCCCAGUAAUCUCAAGAAGUUGGUAAAAAGAAGAAAGUUCCGUAAAAAUUGUCAUAAAUAAUUAAAUCCCCUUGAAUUUAUGA